GCUCAAAGCCCCGCCCCGGAUCCCGUGAUUCCCGGGAUUGUGCCGCCCCGCGGGUGCCGCAGAGCUUGAGCUGCGGAUUCCGUCGGUUAUGGAUGCGCGGGCGCGCGCCAAGCGCUACGAGAAGCUCGAUUUCCUGGGGGAGGGGCAGUUCGCCACUGUCUAUAAGGCCAGGGACAAGACCAAUAACCGAAUCGUGGCGAUUAAGAAGAUUAAACUGGGACAUAGAUCGGAAGCUAAAGAUGGAAUCAACAGGACAGCCCUCAGGGAAAUAAAGCUAUUGCAAGAGCUAAGCCAUCCAAAUAUUAUUGGUCUCAUAGACGCAUUUGGACACAAGUCCAAUAUUAGCUUGGUGUUUGAUUUUAUGGAAACAGAUCUAGAGGUUAUUAUAAAGGAUACAAGUAUUGUGUUGACGCAGUCUCACAUCAAGGCAUAUAUGCUGAUGACACUUCAAGGAUUAGAAUAUCUGCAUCAACACUGGAUUUUACAUAGGGAUCUUAAACCAAAUAACUUGCUGUUAGGUGAAAAUGGGGUUUUAAAAUUGGCUGACUUUGGCUUGGCAAAAUCUUUUGGAAGCCCAAAUCGAGUUUAUACACAUCAAGUAGUAACAAGGUGGUACCGAGCCCCCGAACUAUUGUUUGGGGCUAGAAUGUACGGUGUUGGUGUUGAUAUGUGGGCUGUUGGUUGUAUUUUAGCUGAAUUGCUCCUCAGGGUUCCUUUUUUGCCUGGAGACUCUGAUCUUGACCAGCUGACAAGGAUAUUUGAAACACUGGGCACUCCAACAGAAGAACAGUGGCCUGGGAUGACGAGUCUUCCAGACUAUGUCACUUUUAAAUCUUUCCCUGGAAUGCCACUUCAACAUAUCUUCAGUGCGGCUGGUGAUGAUCUGCUCAAUCUUCUUCAAGGCUUAUUCACAUUUAAUCCUUGCACUAGGGUUACGGCUACUCAGGCAUUGAAACAGAAGUAUUUCAGUAACCGACCAGGACCCACUCCAGGAAAUCAGCUGCCAAGACCCAACUGUCCUGCAGAAGCUGUAAAGGAACAACAAAAUGCACUUUUAAAUUUAAAAAGGAAAAGAACAGAAGGAAUCGAUCAAGGUAAGCAAGUUAAUUGUUUAGACCACUCUGGGUAAGGAACAUGAGGCACAUUUCUGUGACCCUCCUCCAGUCUUCCCCAAACAGCAACAUUUCUUCAUAUCUUCAUGGCAAGAAAAGUGCUCAGGACUCAACACCUCUAUCUGAUGCUGAAUUACUCAGACCUUCUACCAGAGAGGCAAAUAUUGGUUCUUAAACUUGGAGUUGGUUUUCACAGCUGGAAUAUGCUAGAUAGCAACUGUCAGAUUACCAUCAGCCAUUUUGUUAUUGCCAGUAUAAGACUCAACUUUAGUACAAGAGUGGUAUUUUUUUGUAAUAGAGAUGCUUCCAUAGAAGUGUGUUUCCUCUUGAGUUCAGAGAGACAACUACAUUAUUAGGAUUUAACUAACUUUUAGGCACUUUGAAUGGUUGUUUCUUUGUCUGUGUCAAAUUAGAAGUAAAAUGCACCAGGUUCAUCACCUUAAGAUUUCAACCUCAAAAUAAAAUUUAAUCAGCUGAUUACUUGCACACUGUUUUUACUGACCCCAGUACCAUCGGUCAACUGAUAUGUGGGAACUUGUCAAGCUAUAGUAGCUAAGGCACUUAAUUUAAGCUUUUUAGCUCCUUUUGCAAAGAUAUUUGAGGGCUUGUGAUUAGUGUUUUGGAGUACAUGCCCUAUAAAAGGCCUGUUAACUAAAGGACAGGAAAAAGAGAAAUGCUUCUUUGAUUUCUGUGACUUAAUUGUUGUAUUUGACAAUGGGCAGAGUUUCCAGAGCUGUAUCAAGCUAGAACAAUAACCGCUUUAACAUCUUUCAGAAAGUCUUAUCUUCAGCAAUGAAAUCAAGCGUAUGCGUUAAAUGCUAGGAGUUUUGAGAUUAAGUAUAAAUGAGGCAUUUAAGAAGUCAGCAUUAAUUUUUGAGACAUUUGAGUAUCAGCAUAAAAAGCAGUAUCAUCCACUAAGUGGGAACGGAAACGUAAUGGAUUUUCUGAUAUGGAUUUUCCAUUAUGUUUUGUUAUUGCCUUAGCUGGGCUGACAGAAUCAAAAGGUCUCAAAGGUAGUGCCAACAAACAUUUAAAAAGAGAGCCAAUGUUAGAGCUAGCAAAUCUGCUGCCCUGGAUUUCAUUUGCCAUCCUUACAUAGCAUUACCACCUGAAUUUAAAAUCUGAGUAGAUGUUUGGAAGAACAUCUUUUUUUAAAUAACAUUUGAAGGACAGCAUGUUUUUACUGCUAUUGAGGGUGGAAAUGUGCUAAAGUAAUUUCAAAGAAAAAUAAGGUGCAUUCCCUGAAAUUCCUAAGACUGGCCUGCCAUUGCAUCCUGCACAAUACACUUCCUUAGCCUUGUCCAGGUAGCACCCUAGAGCUUGGGAGAACAGACUGAGUGAUUACUGAUGGAUACCCUCUUGUAAAAUACUGGUAUCAGGACCUGACUGUCAGGAGAAAGAUUACUGCCAUCACCCUAUGUGCUGCUUUUCCACAACAAGAAAAUCCUGUAGCCUGUGGGGUGUGUUCACCAAACUUAAGUACUUCUCAGAAAACAGCCUCUAUUGUGAGGGAAAAACUGUCACCAGAUGGAUGACUCCCUGUGAAAAGUAUUACGCAUGCAUAUUUUCUGUCUGCUGCUGCCACUUAUUUCUGUUCAGUGCGGUACUGGAGACACUGAUGCUAUGAUGACAUCACUGUCGAUCUUCACUCUGGCACUUAAUCAAAAGCAGCACUGCUUCCCCAGGAAGCAGUCCUAUUGAUCUGCAUUCCUACAGAGCUGUAGGUACACUAAACUUUUUCCUGAGUUAAUGCAGCAUAAAGAAUCUGCCUAAUAUCAGAAUUCUGCAUUGGUUUGGAAAUAAAGUAAAGCCAUUCUGUUCAUAUCUAAGGUUAAGAAUUUGUCCUGGAUCUGUCAGCAUGUAAAAAAAAUUAUUAAGUGUUAGUGUAGUGCUACAGGGUUAAGGCUUAGAACAGCUUGCUUUUUUUUAGGUUUCAAAGUAGGAUUAACUGGUUAGCUUUUCAUGCCAACAGUUGACUGGUUAGCUUUUUAUAUUAAAGAAAAACAUUUACAUGUAUCCCAAAUAUAAUUAAUACUUAACUGCAGAAUUUGUGACUCAUUUGGAGCACACACUGAUUUAAGUGUGCUUUGAUUCUAUCACUCUCUGAGGUUCAUUAGAAGUCAUGUACUGCCACUGUAGUAAGCAGCAUUAAGCAGUUCACAGUAGAUAUAUAUCAACAAUGGUAUCAAAUCUUGAGGAGAGAGCUGGACCCCUUUCCUUUGCUAACAAUGUGAUUUUACACUUUUCAGGAUUACCAAAAAAACUGAUUUUUUGAUUGCUGUAGAUGGUGUAUGAAAACGAGUGAAAAUGACCGAAGUCCCAGCCAUUGAUAAAUAGUCAUAGGAUGGUUAUAAUAUUUUAACAUGUAAAAUUAGAAUUUAAUAU